GUUUGCGACAGCGAGCUCUUUCCAGUUUCCAUUUUCGAGGUAGAUUCAGUCGAACACCAGCCGAUUGAUCCGCAGAAAGACGACGAAAUUGAGCCUCUCCAAGGAAUAAACGUUACUGAAAGGUAUACGACUAAUUGCAUAUGCCAGGAGCUUAGCUCCUGCAACACAUGGGAUUGAGUGUCAUUCCAAUUACCUUGUCGUGUUUUGUAUUGCCUGUAUUUUGCAUCGAUCGUUAUCACAAUUACAAUAAUCAAAAGUAUCGUGACAUGAUUUGAAAUUAUUAUGAAGCUUACCUAUCGAACAUAUUUCUAUAACUCAAUUUAAGGGCAAUGAUAUAUAUAGCUUCGGCAAAAUUCAGUGCUCAAGCUUUGAUUCCUUAUGGUACUCAGAUAUUUUCCACGUUCCCGACAGAGGAAAAACAUUUGUCUCGUUUCAUUACUGAGCUCUUAAGUUACUAUCUUUUUCGUUCUUUUUAUUACAACGAGACAUUUUUCUUUGUUAUAGAUUGGAAGACCCCAAAGUUACCCGAAAAGAAAUCUCCUGGUUGGAUGGAAUUAUAAAAAUCUAUGGCUUCAAGAAACACCCCGUAGCUGCCAUGUGGACGGAACAACCUUCCUUUAAGGAUGAUCUUGGAACCGAGAAUUUCAAGACAGCAGCAGAGAAGGCGGAGCAAUUUUUUCUAAAAUUUAACAAAAACCGUGGCAAAUCACCUUGGGAACUUUACAAGAAGUGACAAAAAAUCAGAACAACAAACUCCUUAAAAUUACAGCCGCUAGGUAUCUUUUAGUUACUCACAUUCUGUGGUAUGUGAGUGGGGAGAAGUUAAUAGCUUGCAAGGAAAAGAGGAACAGUUACACCGACAUUCCACGAAGUUGGGAGAUUCCCAAGGAUGGAGUGUGUUUUCCUAAACCAUACGGCAGCGCCACUUACAAAUCGGACUACGACGUCGGGCUUAUUGGAAAAGAUUCUGGACGCGUCACUCAGGAAUUUAAUAGGUAUUUUCAAGCUAAAUUUUAUUAACCAUCGGAGCUUGUAUUUGACACAAAUGUUUACGCCUUCACUUUGGAGUUCGCCAUGCCUAAGAUGUUUCCCAACCUUCCCCGCUCUUUUAUUUCCGAUCUUCACAUUCUUGAGCAAAUGGGGUGGUACAAAAUGCAAGAAUUGGCCAGUGCUUAUUACAAGGUCUUCAAGUACAACGAAGGUUCCUUUAAAGUAAUGAAGAAAGGAGCUAUUGACGAAAUAAAAGAUGAAAAAGCCAAGAAAUUGUUGCUUCACUGGCUUGAAGAAUUUGAAAAAUUGAACAGGCAGGUGGCUUUGAGACAAAUGGAUACGAAAUUGGUUAAGUUCAGAUUAGCCCACAAUGAGAAGUACCAGGAGUACCUGCAAAGCAUGUCACAGGGGGAAACAGGAAGUUACCACAUAACAUCAACAGGUAAUUAGAGAUUGGACAGACUAGAGAUCUAUAUAGCAUUUUAUAAUGGUAAUGGGAACAAGUGGAGUCCAAUUUAGUCUGUAAUCAUACGAGUGAUUGACAAAAUCGGACGUCCGAUUUGUCAAUUACGAGUAUGAUUACAGACAGAAUUGGACGACUCGAAUUCCUCCUACCAGUUAAUCAUAACCUUUACAGUUUCCGAAAAAAUCAAAUACAUUUAGGACAAACAUCUCAGGUAGAGACAAUUUCUAAAGUAAAAAAAUCCUCCAUUUUGGAAAGUUUUAGGAUGAGGGUUGUUACUAUGGUUAUUUUGAUUGCUGAAUUUAGCUGAGUGGUUUUAGUAUGAUUUGCUGCUUCAACUGUCCAAUUACAGGUGUCUGAUUACAGCCAACUGUCCGAUUACCUUGUCCGAUUAAUUAUAACUGUUCAGAAUGAUUACUGAAUAUUAAAGCAGCUAAUGCACCGAUAACAUUUGAGGAAAUUGUAAUGGUUAUGAUUAAUGAAAGAAAUGUGGAAAAAUAAUUCAAAAUGCACCAAAUGUCCCACUAGUACUUAAUUCAUUACGAAACUAAACUUCCCAAGUCCAUUUGACACUUCCCAUCGAUGAUGUGAGCGACUAAAUAGACUUUAACUUUUGCAUUUUUAUCAGUGGUACAAAGAGUACCGGUGAAAAAUGAAAAAAACAAGUGCCACUUCCCGCAAAGCGCGUUUUGAUGAAUUUUAAUUUAAAAAAUUGGACCCUGAGGAUUUGGUAUCAUAUACAUGUAAUCUUGAAUUGAUAGUUAUGUACAAUUACGAUCUUUCACAGAUUACCUCGCCAAGGCCCUCCUCUACGCUGCACAGGCAUAUCACACCCGAGGCGCCAUGCGGCAUGUCGUACAGGGCCUUCAGAUGAGUGCAAUCCCCACGUGUCAAUAUUACACGCCGCUAUCAACUUACGACCUGUGGGUGUCCAUGAUUGAAAACUGGGGAGAGGCAAAUAAGGAGUACAAAAACUGUAAAUAUAUUUCCAUUGCGGAGUGCUUGAUGAAGAUGAGCAAGUACCUGUCGAGGAUGUUUAACGCGAUGCGAGUGAUCCGCCGUUCCCGUCUGCCAAAGAUAGACAGAGAAGGAUUGCUAGACUUCGGAACAACCGACGACCCAGAGUUCGUGACUGACCUUUUGCUGCGAUACAAAAAGAGUGGAAAGAAACUCUCGCCAGCGGCUUAUAAUUUUGUAAGGUUUUUUUUGGAUAAGUUCAAAUGUCGUAUUUCAAGUCAUGUGCAUUCGAAUUUUCUGCUUCUUCUGAAUUGUUUGAAAAAAUCCAAAAUGAGGUGA